AUGCCGCCUCGGUUUGCGAAAAACAACACCACGCCUUUUAAGAAACGGGUCGCCAACUUGUUUCAGAUGUACAAGCGGGAUUUGUUCUUUUCGUGUGUGGCCCUCGUGGCACUUGGGGUUGUCUUCCGCAGGGAAUUGAUGGUCCACGGCGUGAUUGGUGCCCCGAAGCGGACGGAGGUGCUGCCCAAAGUUGAGAGAGAAUUUGGGAAGGGACGGCGUCAGAGAAGCAACGCCAACGACACAUGA